AUGUCAGAGUGUUCUGCUAGGCAUCCGCAGCAGUUAUUCACAGAAAACAGACAACUCUCGGUUACAGUUCCAACUUCUCCCCGUAAAGAAAAUAUCAAUAAAAGCAGCGAGAAUCUUAGUAACGUUAGCGCUUCGAUGUCUUCAAAUAACGUGGCGACCGGUUGUGAUCAGGAGAACUUUAUUCCACAACUACCACAACCUCAAUACAAAACUUCAAAGGGUGGUAACCCAGUUCCAAGUUUUGAGUAUCUAUCAUAUGAUAGGGUUCAGGACCUAUACGAACAAAACAAAGGCACCUUAUAUUUUAUUCCUGAAGGUUUCGAACCUGUUUUAGUUCCUAAUGAUGCUAAAGCCACAUCCGUAACAAAUUUAUUGGAAAAUGCGAAACCAGUAUCUGCUGCUCCUAACGUUCCAAGGAUGCUUCCUGAUACUGACGUUCGACUACCUUCUUUCGCUCUUCCAUGUGGUGUUGCUGGUCCUACUCCAAAAACCACUUCUACUAACUCGAAAACUAAAAUUAAAAAGCCUCCAAGACCCCCAAACGCUUUUAUCCUUUAUAGAAGAGCGAAGCAACCUGGAAUAGUUGCUAAAAAUCAAGGAAUUACUAACAAUGAAGUAUCAAAGGAAAUCGGUAGAAUGUGGCAUGACGAACCUCAAGAGGUUCGUUCUAAGUUCCAGAAAAUGGCUGAUGCUGCCAAACAGGAACAUAUGAAAAAAUAUCCUGAGUAUAGAUACAGACCACGAAGACCCCAAGAAAGAAAGCGCAGAAUUCAACCACGUGAAGACUCACCAUCAGCUCAAGGGUCUACACCAACCUUACCUUCUCAAAAUUUGUCUAUGAUCGACGCCUCAGCGUUCUUCCCAAGGCGCGUUUCCUCAAUAUCUACUGACGGGGAAAAUUCAGAGAUAUUUACUCCAACCACCAUGUUGAACCACAACAUUAACAUCAUUCAACACCCUCAACAUCAACAAUUGUUGUAUGCAGAUAGUCCGUUGAGUGGUUCUCCUCAACAAUAUUUAGAUUCUUCAAUGGCAAAAUAUGAUUAUUCAUACAUGGAUGAUUCUAACUCAUUCGAUGGCAGCCCUGUAUCCACUGCAACCACAACAUUUGUAAAUACACACACUCCCAUGACAACAUCUGGUGGCAUGAUUGACUUUAGCGUAUUUGAUUCUUCAAAUCCUCCCGCGCCGGGAGAAGCCAUGAACUAUCUUGAUAUGGGUGACUAUAUUGAGGCUUUUGACCAAUAUGAAAACAUGGCUUCGCUUAACUAUAUCUCGGCGGCUGAUGAACAGUUUAUCCGAAAUCAACAAUUCGUGAAACUCGAUUAUUAA